AUGGAAUCAAAUCACAAAUCCGGGGAUGGAUUGAGCGGCACCCAGAAGGAAGCAGCCCUUCGCGCACUGGUCCAGCGCACAGGAUAUAGCUUGGUCCAGGAGAAUGGACAAAGAAAAUAUGGUGGUCCUCCACCUGGUUGGGAUGCUGCACCCCCAGAAAGGGGCUGUGAAAUUUUUAUUGGAAAACUUCCCCGAGACCUUUUUGAGGAUGAACUUAUACCAUUAUGUGAAAAAAUUGGUAAAAUUUAUGAAAUGAGAAUGAUGAUGGAUUUUAGUGGCAACAAUAGAGGAUAUGCCUUUGUAACAUUCUCAAAUAAACAGGAAGCCAAGAAUGCCAUCAAGCAACUUAAUAAUUAUGAAAUUAGAAAUGGGCGUCUCUUAGGGGUUUGUGCCAGUGUGGACAACUGCCGAUUGUUUGUUGGGGGAAUUCCAAAAACCAAAAAAAGAGAAGAAAUCUUAUCAGAGAUGAAAAAGGUCACCGAAGGAGUUGUAGAUGUCAUUGUCUACCCAAGCGCUGCAGAUAAAACCAAAAACCGAGGCUUCGCCUUUGUGGAGUAUGAGAGUCAUCGGGCAGCCGCCAUGGCCCGGAGGAAACUUCUACCAGGAAGAAUUCAAUUAUGGGGACACCCUAUUGCAGUAGACUGGGCAGAACCAGAAGUAGAAGUUGAUGAAGACACAAUGUCUUCAGUGAAAAUCCUAUAUGUGAGAAACUUAAUGCUAUCUACCUCUGAAGAGAUGAUUGAAAAAGAAUUCAACAAUAUUAAACCAGGUGCUGUGGAGAGGGUGAAGAAAAUCCGAGACUAUGCUUUCGUGCACUUCAAUAACCGAGAAGACGCAGUUGAGGCUAUGAAAGCUUUAAACGGAAAGGUGCUGGAUGGUUCCCCUAUUGAAGUGACUCUAGCCAAACCAGUGGACAAGGACAGUUAUGUUAGGUAUACCCGAGGCACAGGUGGAAGGGGCACCAUGCUGCAAGGAGAAUAUACCUAUUCUUUGGGCCAUGUUUAUGAUCCCACUACAACGUACCUUGGAGCUCCUGUCUUCUAUGCUCCCCAGGCCUAUACAAUUCCCAGCUUUCAUUUCCCAGCUACCAAAGGACAUCUUGGCAACAGGGCCAUUAUCCGUGCCCCUUCUGUUAGAGAAAUUUACAUGAAUGUACCUGUAGGGGCUGCGGGAGUGAGAGGACUGGGCGGCCGCGGCUAUUUGGCAUACACAGGCCUGGGUCGUGGAUACCAGGUCAAAGGGGACAAGAAAGAAGACAAACUCUAUGAUAUUUUACCUGGAAUGGAACUCACCCCAAUGAAUCCUGUCACUUUAAAACCCCAAGGAAUUAAACUUGCUCCUCAGAUAUUAGAAGAAAUUUGUCAGAAAAAUAACUGGGGACUGCCAGUAUAUCAACUGCACUCCCACGCUUUCACACCUCCGAAGCUAAGUGCCUAUGUGGAUGAAGCAAAGACAUAUGCAGCUGAGUAUACCCUGCAGACCCUGGGCAUUCCCACUGAUGGAGUGGACGCUCCCACUACAGCUGUUGCUGCUGCUGCUGCUUCUGCUGCUGCUUUUCCGGGAUAUGCUGUUCCUAAUGCAACUGCACCUGUGUCUGCAGCCCAGCUCAAGCAAGCAGUGACCCUUGGACAAGACUUAGCAGCAUAUACAACAUAUGAGGUCUACCCCACUUUUGCUGUGACUGCCCGAGGGGAUGGAUAUGGAGCUUUCUGA